GCGGUUAACUUUGAACCUUUCCCUCAGUCUUUCACCAGCCAUGAGCGCCACACCUCUCGAAUAUCUGCUCCUAGACCAAGUAGAGCAAUUCUAUAGAGAUGGAUACCUACGCAUACCCGGAUUCUUGAGUGUCGAGGAGACAGAGGCACUACUCACACGUGCAAAGCAACUUCUUGAGAACUUUAGUCUGGAGGACCAUCCUCUGACAAAGUUCACCACAGGCGACGACAAUCAUGUUGGUGAUGACUACUUUUUGACUUCUGGGGACAAGAUUCGAUACUUUUUGGAAGAGGAUGCGCUCGACAACAAUGGGAAACUGAACAGAGAGAAACAGAAGGCUGUGAACAAGAUCGGGCAUGGCCUACACGAGCUUGACCCUGUCUUUCGAGAAGUGACGUUGAACAAUCCUAAGAUCAAAGCAGUCGCUCGAGACUUACGAUUCCAUCAUGAUCCCGUGGCGUUACAGUCCAUGGUGAUUUGCAAGCAAACUCACAUCGGCGGGGAGGUACCAGAACAUAAUGAUUCGACCUUCCUCUACACAGACCCGCCAUCAGCCCUAGGCUGCUGGAUAGCUCUAGAGAAAUGUACGCCUGAAAACGGAGCUCUAUCAUUCCUCCCAGGUUCCCACCUUACCGCACCCAUUACCAAACGAUUUGUUCGGUUACCAACAGGAGGGACAGGAUUCGAGGAGUUGAUACCUCCAGAACAAGUCCCUCCGAAACCUGAAGGGAAGUAUAUCUUGGAGGCUUGUUCUCCCGGCGACCUCGUAUUGAUCCAUGGUUCAGUCCUUCACAAAUCAGAGAAGAACACGAGCCCAUACACCCGUUUUGCAUACACAUUCCAUAUGAUCGAGUCCCCGCCUUAUGCCAAAUACGAUGAGAAGAAUUGGCUCCAACCUACACCUAAGAUGCCGUUUUCCAAAAUUUUGGAUAUCCCCAACCCAGAGGUCUUCGCAGGCUAAUUGUACGAGACGGUGGAACAUGUCAAUCAUGAGAUUGAAGGUGUACGGGAGGGAUGAGUUUAGAGUCUUCGCAUGGGAGGAAGUGUGACAUUCCUCGUAUCCAAGUUGAUGUAGUUUGAAAUUGUACCAUGUAGGUUCUAGAUUGGAUUUGUACAUAUAGCUAGUGUAUUUCUACCGAAACGUGUCUAUAGGACUUCAACUUUUGCUGCCU